AUGGCACUGCCUUAUGUUCUGCCUAAUGCGGACAACUUCUUAGGCGUGGCCCUCGUCGUGAACAGAAACCGCGAAGGGCCGCGAUUUGUUUUUCACUAUCCUAGUCGCAUCUACUCUCGGAGAGAGUCUUGUGCUAAACAGCCGAAAGAUGAGGAUGCUUUUGUCGAUGGGGCAUUGGUACCUACCAAAAAGAGCGAUAUCGACUAUGCCCCCAACUCCGAAGAGCUAGCCCGAUGGAACCACGAUGACCAUCUUGCAACGAACAGCGGAACGCAGUAUGUCCCUUGGGAGUACGUUGCUGGUGCUCCAACCAAGGCCCUGGAAGGAAUUUUGACACCACCACACGCUUUUCAUAAGAAGCGUUUUCAAAUUUUGCUCGAUUCCGUCUACUAUUUAUCUUAUCCCAUCCAUGUGCCGGAAAGCGGUUUCUGGGACAGAGAAAAGAAUAGAAAGGGACGGGUUCGUAAGACGAAAGAAGCUUCCACAUGGGCCGGAAGCGCCAAAUUUGAAGAUCGCCCUUCGCGUGAUGGCAAUAAUGCUGAAUGGAAGGAAGACAAAGUCAGCUCCAUGACUAUGUUCAAUCUUGUUUUCGUUUUGAACCCCAAGCGGCAUGAAGCAAAUGAGCUCCUUGACGUCAUGUACACCCACGUUGUGCGGGAGGUGAACAGAGUAUACAAAUACUGCCAGGAAAGUGGUGACUUUGUAUGGCAGGAGUGCAAGAAAGUCAUUCAGCUCAAGGAUAGAGCCAAAGAAGACCGAACGAAGAUGAGCGUGCUGUGGGAGCAAAUACUGACGGCAUCUUCCCUGGCGGCGUCGAUAAGAGACAUAUACGAGGCCGUAUGUCGUAACAAGAUAGCAGUUCUCGAGCUGAGUCUCGGAAGGGGUUCCGUUGGACAUUCCGUGCAAAUACCCAUGCCAUUUUAUGUAGCAGAUGUGCAGCCACCAGGAAACGAGGCUGCCCGGAGUCUCUGGCUAACGACAGCCAAUUCGGUCUCUGGCUAUGAUAUGCUUGGUGGUUUAGCUGCUUUUGACAAGUGCACUGCGCUUCUACUUACCGACGAUGACGACAAGAAGAUCAUUGCAGAGCUCCAAGCUCGCAGGGAUAAGGCAGCCACGGCUAUGAUCGAGCUUGUCAAAGCUGCGAAGCCCACGCUCUCGUAUGCAAACCCUGUCCCAUAG